AUGCUGAAAUUUCAACAACGUGCCACUCCGGAGGAUCUCAAGAUCGCCGCGUCCAUAGAACGUAAACGACAACUCGAAGAAGCGAGGAAACUACGUAUCUUUAAUCCUCGCGUUAGAAAAAUUGGAAUAGACAAGGCAUUCUUGGAUAAGCAAGUCGAGGAAAAGCAACGACAGCAUGAGUGGGAACAGGCGAAAGAAUGUCAAUUGGACGAGGCACUCAUUCGCAAUAGCGAACUUGCCGUACAUUUGGAGAGGCAGCAAGAGGAGGAAAGACGAACAGUAAACAAGGAGAUUGAACACUUUCGGCGAGUGCAUCAACGAAUCGAGGACCGUCGAGAUUAUGACCUCUAUGAUCCCGAAACGUUAAAGAAAUCACUCCCAUCGCGAGUGGACGACGAUGAUCCGAGCUUGGGGCCAGCAUCUGCUCAAAAGUUCGAGGGCGAGGAUCGCAAUCUUCGCGAGCGAUUGAAAGUACAGAGGGAGCAGAUGCGUUGGUGGAUCCAGAGGCAAAAAGAGGAACGCGAGGCGGUUGAAAAGGCACGACGAGAUACCGAGGAAGCCUAUCAGGAAGUCGUUCUCUCCAGGGACAAGCGCGCGAUGAUGCUAGCACGGAUGGAGGAAGAAUGUCGACGAAGGUUGAAUGAAGCUACGGCGACAUUUAAUCGAGCCCUGGCCGAGGAGCAGCAGCAACGCCGUCACUGCGAAGCCAUUCAAGAUGAGGAGGACAAGAAAGCGGAAAUCUAUAAUCACGUGACUGGAGAUUUCCUCACUGAAGCUAGGGAACAGGCCGAGAGCACUCGCGGUCCGUACAGGCCGUUGGCGGACCGAUACAAGGGCAUGACUGCGGACGAGUUGAAGGUCUUCAGGGACGCUCAGCUGGAACAAAUGGAAGAGAUUCGAAAAAUCAAGUUGCAAGAGAAAAACAUGAACGAAGAUUGGGAUCGCUUAAUGAACUCGCAUCUUCAAGCUGCAUAUUCGUAUGAGCACGAAUUAAAUAAAAAAAAAUCUGACUUGAACAAGAAAAUUGCUGAAGAAAAUUUACAGCUUGCCGAGCAACAAAAGUUACAUCAGGAAUAUCUGAACCGUGUCAUUUAUAGAAAUCAGCCAACUGCCGCCUUCUACGAACAAUUUAACAAAGGAACACGUUGAAAGCAUAAUCAUAUGUGCAAUAUAUCUUUCCAAGAUUGAUGUAAAUUUUAGAAAAUAAUUUUAUACAUUCUUUUUUAUAAAAAGUGAUAAAUCAAUGCAUAUUAUCAAUCUAUUAUACUGGCAAAAAAUCGAGGCAUCAAAUU